GUUUUGCAUUUUGGGAACAGGUGUGUUGUGCUGAGAUGCUCUGUAUAAAUAACCUGGGUGAUUGAUCUUCCUUACCUGUUCAUUCAGCUCUCGUUGGUUUUCGACACUCAGCGAUCCUUUCUCCAUCAUGCCUACCCAACUGGAAGGAGCAAUGGACACCAUGAUCCGGAUCUUCCAUCAUUAUUCUGGCAAGGAAGGUGACAAAUACAAGCUGAAUAAAGGGGAACUCAAGCAGCUGUUGCAAAGCGAACUGACCGAUUUCCUUGCAUGCCAAAAAGACCCACAGCUGGUAGACAAGAUCAUGAAGGAUCUGGACUCCAACAAGGACAACGAGGUGGAUUUCAAUGAGUUUGUGGUCUUGGUGGCAGCUCUGACCGUGGCUUGCAAUGACUUCUUCGAGGAGCAGUUACGAAAGAAAGGCAAAUAGAUGUGGUUUAGUAGCUUCUGUGAUAAAUCUCCCAUACAGUGAUUGUCCAACUGUAACCAAGGAAAGCAUCAGCAUUAUUACACGUUGUAUCUCGCCAGGAAAUAUUAAACAAAUUUAUCCGUUA